CUUAGGUUCGAGAAGCAAUGUUUAUCUGAUGAUGAAUGCAAAGCUGAUCUCGUGUUAUUCAUGCGGAACAUGGGCAGAGUAUUUGUAAACGAAACGAAAAAGAUCACUUUAGAAGUCACCAUUUCAAACCACCAAGACGACGCCUUUAGCACAACAGCUAUGUUUAAAUUUGGUGACAAAAUCAGUUAUUAUGGUAUGAAGAACAUUAGAAAUGGCGGUGUGAGUUGCCUGGAACAAAGAGAACGAGUAGAAUGCGAUAUCGCUAACCCUUUGAGUAAAGACGAAAAAGUGGAAUUCUUGCUGGAGUUCAAAGUUUCAAUAAUUGUUUUAGAAGAAAUAGACCAACCUAUUGUUGUGGAAGGAGAAGUAAUGACACAAUCUGAAGAAAAACAUCCCAAAGACAACAUCAGACAGCUGAAGAUUCCUCUGGAAUUACAAGCUGUACCAGAAUUAAAUGUGAAAACAGCGUCUACGCCAGUGAAAUAUAACAAGGAAGAUCAAUUAUCUAUCAAUAACUCUGAUUCAUUUGUAAUGGCCACUGACUUCAUAAUCCAUAAUUUGGGACCGAGUUAUCUCCCAGAAACGACUGCCAUGUUUAGUAUUCCAAUGACUGUUCCUGAUGGCAACAUGCUUUUUGCCUCUACAGAUAUACAUGUAACCAGAGGGAAUAUCAGCUUAGAGUGUGAUAUCAAAUUAGAAGAUAAUGGAACCAGCCCAACCAUUUCACCUUUAACCACAACACAAAAAGAAGUUUCUACUUUACCAGCUGAAAGUCUUAGUAAAGAAUCCACUGCUAACGUCCAAAGAAAUAUCCUUGUCACCAAACAGGCAGUUACAAGUUGCCAACUUGCAACAUGUCUUACGGUGCGUUGUAAAGUCCCAGAAAUUGCUGCCUACAAGCAAACUAUUUUAAGCCUUCAUCUGAAUUUUUCAAAUGCACAUGAAGUUUUUAAGAUUCUUGAUUACCUUCAAAUCGCAAUAGACAUGGAAAUGAUUAACGACGCAAACACAUAUUUGGCUCCUUGGAAGAGAACUCAUUCAAUAAGAGUUCAGCUGUCUUUCUUGGCAGACCUGAUAUCCGGAAAACCUAUCAACUAUAUAUGGGUGGCUGCAGCCAGUGCAGCUGGGGCCUUUUGUUGUAUAAUGUUUUUGUGGUUCCUUAUAUGGAAAUACCGUUGCUGUGUCACGAAAAUGCAACGCGAAAUCCAUGUUAUCAAGAGAGAAAGUAUCAAACGAAGAACCAGACGCCAGACAUCGCAUGAAGGAGUUCAAUACAAAAGUAUCGGCGGUGAAUGCUCUUCAAAACUGUAAAAUACUAUUUGAUUGAACAUUUCUUAAUGAAAAGGACUUGCAAACAUAUUAAAAUGGGAAAUUUAAAAGAAGGGUUAAACGAAUGUGUAUGUAAAAUAUUCAUAAAUUUGUAGCUAGAAAUUUUUAGUAGUCAAUGUUCAAUGUAUAUCGGGGGAAAAGAGUUGGCAAUAAUUUAAAAGAGGCAGAAUCGAAGUGGUUAUGUCAAGUUUACGAUUGGAGAUAAAAGUCGUGCUGAUAACAACAAAUAUUUCAAAUUGCGACGAAGAUAAGCAACAAUAUAAUCGGAUAUUAAAUCAAUAAAUAUAAUAUUAACCGAUGAUGUCGAAAAAAUAUUUUAAAGAAUUAGUGUUCUUUUAGCUUUAUGUAGUUUAAAUCUUUAACAAAAAUUUUCUAAAUUAAGAAUUCAAAAAGUUGACGACAUACUUUUAUGGAGAUUUCUACGAAUGGGAUGCUUUCUUUCUCAGUGUUUACAUAAGCGGUGGAAGUUUUUAGGUAAAUAUUAUUCUGGAUUUUUCUCAAUAUUUUCCUGGCAGUAGAUAAUUGUUCGAUCAGAAAUGAUUGAUGACAUCACGCAAAAGUAUUUAACUUUUCUAUCUUUGUCACACCGUGUUGAGGUCAUUCAAGCGUUCGCAAAAUCUGUUAAAAAUUUCAGCUAAAUUUCCUAAAAGUAUCCUAAAAAUCUUACGGAAUGAAGGCCACAUUGCAUAAGGUAGCCUUAAAUAUAGGUAAAAUGUUAAAAUGCAUUUUUUUGUUCUUUGCUUAUGGUUUUGCUCAACCAGGACUGACCUGGAGUUAAACUCCAGGUAUCAACUAUUUAAAUAUCAACUACUCACAACAUUUUUUUGUUUUACUCAAAAUUAUAAGACUCUUCUAGAACUUAUUAACGUUUCAAAAAUUAAAAAUAAAGCAACCCCAAAACCCGCUACUGAGACAAAUUUUUACUUUCGUUAAUUUCUCUUUCAAUCAUUCUUACCAAUAAUCGAGAACAGUCUUCCAGGUUUUAUCCGUCUACAAAAUGUAAUUUUUGAUGUCGUUGGUGGGCAUGUGUUUUCCUGUAUUCAUCAGAUAUUACCUAUUAUAAAUCAGAAGAAAAGUAAGUUAACGAGAAUAUUUCACCUGUUUCUUUUUCCAAAGUCUUGCAAUUAUCUCUUCUUUGUUUACGUUCUAAUACAGCUAUGCCUAUUUUUUUAUUAGGUAAAAUAAAUAAAAGUAAUAAAGAUUCCAUUCCAUAAUCUCUAA